AAGUGUUUAAAGCCACGUGCGCUGUAUACCUUAUCUCGAAAAGAGAAAAAGGAAUUUUGUGAGUUCUUGAAAGGUGUAAAGUUUCCGGAUGGGUACGCUGCGAAUAUCUCCAAAGUUUCCGGAUGGGUACGCUGCGAAUAUCUCCAGAUGUGUGAAUAUUAAAGAUGGUAAGAUAACUGGGUUGAAGAGUCAUGAUUGUCAUGUUCUAUUACAACGUUUGCUUCCUGUAGGAUUGCGUGGUUACCUACAAAAAGAUGUUCUUAAUGCUAUUACCGAGUUUGCAAGUUUCUUCAGACAGUUAUGUUCUAGAAAAUUAAGCUUGGAUGUCCUUGACAAUUUGGAAAAAAUAAUUCCUGUAAUAUUAAGCAAGUUAGAAAUGAUAUUUCCACCUGCUUUCUUUGAUGUGAUGGUCCAUCUAGCAAUUCAUUUGGCACAAGAAGCAAAGAUUGGUGGACCUGUUCACUAUCGAUGGAUGUAUCCUAUUGAAAGGUAUCUUGGUAGUCUAAAAGGAAUGGUUCGAAAUAGAGCUCGUCCUGAAGGCUCAAUUGCGGAGGCCUAUAUCGUUAAAGAGUGUUUGACUUUUUGUUCAUUGUAUCUCCAUGACAUUGAGACUAAAUACAAUAGAGAUCAAAGAAAUUAUGAUGGGGAGGAACAUCCAAAUGCAACAAUAUCUGUUUUUCGAAGUAAAAUUCGAACUUUUGGAGAAACAAAUUUUGAACAAUUGUCCCCUCAACAAUAUAGUUCCUUGCAUUGGUUUGUCUUGAAUAACUGCGUGGAGUUAGAUUCAUAUUUGAGAGAGCAUGAAGAAGAACUUAAGCAACAACAUCCAAUUGGUUGGGAGGCUAGACAAAAGAAAGAGUUUGCUGCAUGGUUUGAUAAUCGAAUUAAAAAGUUGAGGAGCAUUAAAUCCCCAGAUGAACUUAUUGCACUUGCCUCUGGGCCUGAUUAUCGUAUUAGUAAAUGUAGUGGGUGCAUAGUAGAAGGUGUCAAGUAUCUAACAAGCAAAAGAGAUUCUAGACGGGUGACACAAAAUAGUGGUGUUUGUACACACUCUCUUCACAAAGGUAAAAUGAUCAAAUUUUAUGGUGUUUUAGAAGAUGUGAUCGAGUUGAGCUAUACUUAUGGUUACCGAUGCGUACUAUUCAGUUGCAAAUGGUUUAAUUUGGACCGAAACAAAAUUAUAAAGAUAGAUAGUGAUCUUACAAGCGUAAAUGUUGGUAAUUUGUGGUAUGAAAGCGAACCUUAUAUUUUAGCAAAUCAAGUAUCCCAAGUGUUCUAUGUUAGUGAUACAAAAUUAGGUGGGAAUUGGAAAGUUGUUCAACAUGUACAACAUCGACAUCUUUUUGACCCAUCAUUCAUUCGAUUUACCAAUGGGAAUGAACCCGACGUGAAUGACGCAUAUCAACAAGAAAAUUGUGCUCAUAUUGAUGUUGAAGAUAGUGCUCCAGAGAUUGGAUCAAUUGACCGUAAUGAUGAAGCUCCAUUGGAGAUCGAAAUUCUUGAAAAAAUAAUUCAUCCAUCUGUUCAUGAUGAUAAAGAUGAAGAAGAAGAUGAUGACGGAGAAGACGACACUCUAGUCGAAUAUUGGAGCAGCGACGAUGAAGUUGCAUCUCACGCUAACAUAGAUAGCGACUUGGAAUAGUAAGAAGAUAUAGGUAUAACUUUUACUCUAUCAUUGUUUAUAUUUAUCCAUUUUGAUUAAAUUUCUUCAUCUACUUAUACUGUACCACCCCCACCCUUUGCAGUUAUGAGAAGAUUCCAAGACAUACUUGUCUUCGAUUUUAUUCUAUAUCUUAGAGACAUGCUAGGUGGACUAGUGCAGGCAUAAUUACAAAUGACGGAAAUGCUGUUGUCUGAGAAUUAGUGUCACUCACCCGACGGUAAAGGCAUAGUUUUUAUGUUUUUCUUUUUGGCAUUAUUUGUUUUCUCUCAAGUGAUUCUUUUAUCCCCAAAAAAAUUGCUAGUUUGGCAGUAAUUUACAGUUGUAUUAUACUCUGUUGCAUUCUAUGACCAUAUUUUCAUUGAGUUUUUAUUACUUGAUUGCCCUUUAACAUAUUUGCCUUUUUUGUAUGAUGGGAGUCAACUAUUGAACUAAGCCGAACUCAGGAUGAGGAUGUAAGAGAUGAGAAAACAUCUUUCAUUGUCCUUGUUAUUGUAAUCAAAUUUAGCUGUAGAAGCUGCACAGAGAAAGCUCUCCAGAUGGCAGAGAUUGACCCGAAUGAAGUGAACCUUGUUUUGCUCUGUACUUCAACCCCCGAAGAUUUAUUUUGCAGUGCUCAUCAGAUUCGAGAGACGCUUGGUUGCAAAAACAAUCCGUUACCUUACGAUAUUACACUCGCGUGUUGUGGUUAAAUAUUGGGCCUAGUUUCACCAGCUUGCUACAUUUGAGGGGAUGGCUUCAAUAAUGUUAUUGUGAUCGGGGCUGGUGCUCUAUCUCGCUAUAUUGAUUGGACUGACGGAGGAUCUUGUAUUUUCUUUGGUGAUGUGCUGGUGCCCCUUUAUUAUAGGGAUGUCAUAGUGAAGAAGAUAGUUUAUUUGUUUUCGACAUGCACGAUGAUACUAUAAUGGUGAAGGGCAGAAGUUUGCAAACGCUAUUCAUUGGCCUAAAAAAGGAUGUAGAUGGUGAUAUUUCUUUCACUACAUUUACUCGUCAAGGAAGGCCCGACUUUAGAUCCCAAUGAGGCAAUUACAAUUAGGAUCGAUGGCUCUCGAGAAAAUCAGUAGUUUUUCCUCCAUUAUACGAGUAAGGUUUCGUAAGAAGUGCCUCACUAUAUUGGCUACUAAAUGAGGUUAAUGUAUAUGUUUUUAUACUCAUGUAGCCCUUUAUACUAAUUAGCAACUGGUUAAAUUAUUAUUUUUAACAAUAUUUGUAUUAUUUUGUCACCAUUUCUUGGUCUUUAAUACAUAUGAUUUCGCAACUAGUUAUUAUUUUACGGUCAUUGGAUAUUGUAGAUUUCGCAAUGCCAGAUUCGUUUCUCUGUUCA